AUGGCAUCUUCGUCAUCAUGCGCAUCAAGUAUACAAACGAGGUCUGGUCCAAUUGAGGGUGACGUUUUGUGGAUGCAACCCAAGCAUGUUUCAGAACAUGUUUGGAAUGGAGAAGAAGACAGAAAACUACACAUCAGACGAGCAGUGCCGACGUAUCAAGGUGAAGAACAAAUACCAGAGGCAAUUGUUCCUCUGCUUCGGCAAUGUGGGUUUUAUUGGAUAAUUAAGAUGGGAUACCUAAAGAUAAAUGCAGCCUUAAUUAGUGCGUCCAUUGAAAGAUGGAGACCUGAAACCCACACGUUUCACCUGAGAUGCGGAGAGGCUACCAUUACUCUCCAAGAUGUGUCAGUCUUAUUAGGUCUUCGUAUUGAUGGGACACCACUAAUUGGUUCAACAAAUCUUGAUUGGGCCGACUUAUGUGAAGAAUUAUUAGGAGUCCGACCACAGGAAGGCGAACUUGAAGGCAGUGUCGUCAAAUUAAGUUGGCUGGCUCACCAUUUUUCUCACAUAAAUAUUGAUGAGGGUAACGUUGAACAAUUACAAAGGUUUACCCGUGCGUGGAUCCUUCGAUUCAUAGGAGGUGUCCUCUUUGUUAACAAAAGUAGUAGCAGAGUUUCCUUAAGGUACCUACAAUUUUUACGUGACUUUGAACAGUGCAGCACGUAUGCGUGGGGACCUGCCGUGCUUGCGUAUUUAUAUAGAGAGAUGUGCAGCGCCACCGAUUACAAAGUUAAAUCAAUCAGAGGUAUGUGCAUCUUAAUCCAAAUGUGGGCAUGGGAACGAUGUACAACUUUAGCUCCAAAGAGGACGCCUCCCGUCAUAGAAAAUAAACCACUCGGACACAGGUGGCUGCGACGUGGAAAUCAGCAUAUUGGCAAUGAUGAUCUUAGAGUUUUCCGUCGCAAAUUGGAUCUGAUGAAAUGACAUGAGUUUGUCUGGGAGCCAUACACAACAACUGUGAUGGGAGCGUUGCCUCCAAUUUGUGUGGUUGGAAGUGUAGC